AUGUACAACUCACAGACGGCCAGACACCCGGCACAGACGCUGUCACUGAACAGUCAGUAUAUUCCGCCUGCGUAUGACUUCACCAGCUAUCAUCACGUCCCGGGAGUCGGUGACCCGUCGACCAGUGCCUGGAACCCAGUCUACGCCACCCGGGAGGAGUAUCCGUACAGCUUCCCGGGGUCAAGCCCCAGCGCCGUGCCGGUCAGCUUCUCCCCCCCGGAGCUGAGCGGCACGCCCACCGCCGCUGGAGGGGGGUCUUUCACGCCGUACAACUACAUCUCCGGACAAGACCCCUUCAGUUCCAGGAGGAGACCACAUGAAUCCAUCAGACCGUCAGCUUCAGGCGGCAAGACACGCACUAAGGACAAGUACAGGGUGGUGUACACUGACCAGCAGCGCCUGGAGCUGGAGAAGGAGUUUCAGUACAACCGCUACAUCACCAUGAGGAGGAAGUCCGAGCUGUCUGUGUCACUGGGCCUCUCAGAGAGACAGGUGAAGAUCUGGUUUCAGAACAGACGUGCCAAAGAGAGGAAGGUGAACCGGAAGAAGCUGCAGCAUUCCCAGCAGGCUUCCACGACUACGCCCACCCCACCUGUGCUGGGCGGACCCCCUGACGCCCACACCGCCGCCAGCCCCAGCAGCAACAUUUUGUCCGACACGAUAUCAGAGGAAUACUAGGUGGAUUUCACAUGGGGGACUGACGCAGCGGGAAAUAUGUACAUAGCGUGUUUUGUUUUUACAGUUUACCACAGAAUGAAUGAAGCUGAUUUACAUCGACGUGAUGUUAUAACGCUGCACCUCCCGUUUUUUACACAAUGACAAGCUCUUCACGUCCGACUUUAAUGUGUUAAUAUGAAUCAUUGUCAGCACAGAGAUACUGAUCUGAAGGACAAAGAAUGGCUGAUGGCACGUGACCUUUCAAACGUGUGUGCCUUCUUCAAGAGUUGUUGGUUAAAGCCACAGUGAAGAAGCAUUUUCAGAAGCUUGUUUUUCGUUAUCAUAAAGGGAUGUUGAAAUUUAUCUGAUUUGAGUGAGUGCAGACGUCAAGAAUCUGCUACAUGAAUGAAUAAGAAGGAAUAGUGUGUCUGUUUUUUUAACGUCUUUUGUUUUCUAGUAACUGCGCGAGGAAAUGUGUCUUGAAAUCUCACUUGAGCAAAAAACGAAAACCAACAAUGCAAUUUAUGCUGAUACGUCCAAAAACAGCCCCGGUGCUUAUUGUUGGCGAAGUAAAUUGAUUCCAGUUUGUCUCUUUAUUUCCGUUUGAACUUACAGGAAAUAGAGAGAUAGCAGAGAGCGUUGUGUUUGUUAGCGCUAAAGAAAGAAGCCAUGCCAAAGUUGAACAACCCUUAACUGUUCUUUCUGUUGAAAUACCGAUGCAGCAUAUAUCAUGGGAAUAGAUCCUUUAAAAGUAGAAAUAAAUAGGUUUCAGUUAGAGGGAGGAAGGAAGUGAAGGCACGUACAUGUUGAAAAACAGGAAUUAAAAGAAAUAGGAUUUUCACACGAAAGCACAAAUAUUAGCAUUUAUUGUUAAACAGGUUUAUGAUGAUUUUCAUUUUGACUUGAAAAAUGUUUUUAUUUUAUCAUUUUUUUUAGCUUGUGGUGACAAUAAGGAACCGAGAGCAAACGUGUUUAAAAAUGACCGUGUUCCCGUGUAACAUGUUCAGACAGUGGUGUUAAACCACAUCCUGAAGCAGCUGUGACACGACUCACAACCUACUGUCAUGGUAACACUAAACCCGUAUUUCAAGGGGCAAAAAGUCCUCCCUUCUCUCGUCUUAUGGGAAUUAUGUACUGUAUGUAAGAAACGUUCGAGUAUACCCUUACUGUACGUGUAAGAAAUGUUCACACAGUUUGAGAUUGUUCCUAUUUGUAGGUCACAAAAGAGGAAGAAAAAGUGGCAAAUGUAGCAAUGUAAAUUUAGUACUGACCAGAGUCAGCCGAGGAUUUCAAAAUAAACCACUGUACCACCAGCUUUAUGCAACAUGUGUAUUUAUCAGUCAACGUG